ACGUACAACUUACCUAUAAACAAGAAUGUUCCUGUUGAAAAUAAUGAAUUCAGAUUGUUUAAGUUUGGUCAAGCGGUUGUAGAAAAUUUGGUUUACGGUAAUCCAUUGAAAAAAUUAGGGGAAUUAUUUUAUAGCGAGCCAUUUAAACAGCCAAAAAAAUAUGCAAAGAGUUUAUGGCAAGAAGCAAGUCAUAAUCCCUUGAAAUAUGUGGAAAUGAUGUUACCCAUUUGCUAUAGAAAUCAUAUACCAGCAGAAUAUUUCAAAGCGAUGCAAAAUUCCAGAAAAUAUUUUGUCGAGAAUUCAAAAGAUGGUUUAAUAAGUUAA